AUGUCCCGCCAUGUGCUGCUGUCGCGUCUCGCGGAGCACUUCCAGGCGGCAUCGCCCCCCGGACAACGCUUCCCAUCUCCGGAGAGGAGCGUGUCCCCACACACGCCUACUUCCCCCCGCUCCCCACCGCAGUCCCCGGAUUCUCUCGCACACCAACGCUUGGAUCUCCUACAACUUGGAGACAUCGAGAUUGCAGGACGUGCCCUCAAGCAAUACGCCAGGGCUACAGAACUUGGAGCCUUGAUGUACUGCAGUGGCCUGGGCGCUCUGUACGGGGGCGCCGGAGUGUGGCCGCUGUUGUUGCCACACGCACCGCAUUUCCCAAGUGAUCCAGCAAGACACACACCCCCAAGAGACGAUGACGAAGAAGAGUUACCAUUGAACUUGUCAACAAAGAAUAGGCAGAUUUGGUCGCCAGGGAGUGCGUGCGAACGUGAACAAAUAGAAACAGAGAGAGAAUCCCCAGCAUCACGCUGGGACGAGCGAGAAGAUUUCGACGCGCCACUCGAACUAGUUAAGCGAUGCCGGAGCAGCCCCGACGAAGACCGGCUCUCCAGUUCAGAGCCUCGACGCUGCCCUUCAGAACCUUCCUUCAACACCUACCUACCACCACCACCGCAACCAGACAUCAACUUUUCACUCCUCCUUAAGAAUGAAAACAAAAAUGAAAAAUCCUUUCAGUGCAAGCAAUGCGGAAAGUGCUUCAAGCGCUCCAGUACGCUGUCCACUCACCUGCUCAUCCAUUCGGACACGCGGCCGUACCCGUGCCAGUACUGCGGGAAGCGCUUCCACCAGAAAUCAGACAUGAAGAAACACACCUACAUACAUACUGGUGAAAAACCGCAUAAAUGCGUCGUAUGCUCCAAAGCUUUUAGUCAAAGCUCGAACCUCAUUACGCACAUGCGUAAGCACACCGGCUACAAACCUUUUUCCUGCGGACUUUGCGAAAAGGCAUUCCAACGAAAAGUUGACCUUCGGCGUCACAGGGAGUCGCAGCAUUCGGAUGUCGAACCCUCCUCAGGCUCCAUCUUACCUCGGCAUCGCUACACAUAUUACGGCGAAGAACCAGCACCAUUGACUCCCCUUAUUUCUAACUGAAAUUUGCAUUUAGUACAUUAGAUAUUUCUUCGGUUAUAUAUUUACCAACUUAUUAUUUAAUAGAAUUUAUUUUUAUUUAUAAUUAGUGCCCAUCUAGCCCG